AUGAAAAAGGAGAAUCUGGACUCUCAAGACUACCGUUCAUCUGCAACAAAAAUUUUCAGCGAGGUAUUCCCAGAGCGGGAAAGCGACCCUCGCAUCCUCUUUCUCGGCAUAGACGUAACUUUGUCCUCUGUCUUUGCAUUUCGACAGAAUAAAAGAAGGCGGGACUGGGUUAUAUUCAGAUGGCCUCAAGGGGAUGAAUAUCUCAGUGCACAGUCCGCGGAUGUCCAUAACGUGAAAGGGUUUGGCCGACCAACUUUCCUGGAGGAUCAUGCAUCACGCCUCGAACACUCUAACCCAAGUGAAUUUUCCACUUGA